GCGGCGCGGGCGGCAGCGGCGGCGAGUCGCAGGCGGGACGAUGUCUGGGGAACUGCCAUUGCACAUCAACAUCGAGGAACCUCGAUGGGAUCAGAGCACGUUUGUGGGGCGAGCCAGUCACUUCUUCACCGUGACGGAUCCCAGGAACAUCCUGUUAACGGAUGAGCAACUAGAGAACGCAAAGAGAAUAGUCCAUGAUUACAGACAAGGAGUUGUCCCUCCGGGUCUUACAGAGAACGAGCUGUGGAGAGCCAAGUACGUGUACGAGUCGGCCUUCCACCCUGAUACCGGRGAGAAGAUGAUCCUGAUCGGGCGGAUGUCAGCCCAGGUGCCCAUGAACAUGACCAUCACCGGGUGCAUGAUGACCUUCUACAGGACCACACCAGCUGUCCUGUUCUGGCAGUGGAUCAACCAGUCCUUCAACGCCAUUGUCAACUACACCAACAGAAGCGGAGAUGCCCCUCUCACUGUGAGUGAGUUGGGAACAGCUUACGUUUCUGCAACCACGGGAGCUGUGGCCACAGCGCUGGGGCUGAACGCGCUGACCAAGCACGUGUCGCCACUCAUAGGACGCUUCGUGCCCUUUGCUGCUGUGGCUGCUGCCAAUUGUAUUAACAUCCCACUGAUGCGUCAAAGGGAGCUCAAAGCUGGCAUUCCAGUCACCGACAACAACGGGAACCGCUUGGGCGAGUCAGCGAACGCAGCACAGCAGGCCAUCUCCCAGGUGGUCGUCUCCAGGAUUCUCAUGGCGGCCCCCGGCAUGGCCAUCCCUCCAUUUAUCAUGAACACUCUGGAGAAGAAGGCCUUCCUGAAGAGGUUCCCGUGGCUGAGCGCACCCAUCCAAGUUGGCCUCGUGGGCUUCUGCUUGGUGUUUGCCACGCCCCUGUGCUGUGCCCUGUUUCCUCAGAAAAGUUCCAUGAGUGUGACAGCCUUGGAGGCUGAGCUGCGAGCCAAGAUCCUAGAGAGCCAUCCUGAGCUGCAGCGCGUGUACUUCAACAAGGGACUGUAAAGUAGGGACGGAAACCUCGACAGCUGAUCCUGCCCGCUGCAAGCCCUGUGUAGCCGUGUCGUGAGGAAGGUCCRGUCAGCCUGGGUUCCGGCUUCUCCAAACUCCACGUUAGCCUUUAAGAAUAAAGCUGCUGCUGAGGACRCUGCCCGUGGUGCGGGCCAGUGGCCUGACACCUGUCGGCUCCCUCACGUUUGAAUCAUGAUGACUUAGAGAACACCCCCCUGUAGCUUUCACAAUGACUGCUUCUCAAAGACAAUACCCCGCCCUGUGCCAAGGGUUUUUAAAAGGUACUGCUAGGCUUAGAGUAGGCACUUAGGAUAGGCUUGGUAGAUAUUUAUAGAUGCUCAGUCAACACAAAGGUGGUCCAAAGCAUCAAGUGUCAUUCCCACUCUGCUUCCAUCCAGGAGAUCCCAGCAGUGACCUGGGAAGGCAGAAGUCCCAGGCAGAGUACCCUCAGUACUAAGGGAACACUGCUUCCUUCCUGUGUGGCCAGAGGGCAAGGGGGAAGUAGGUGGUGCAGAUCUUGGAACUUUAGGUAAAGGCUCCUUCACAGACUCCGGAAGUAGAGCCCCAGGCGGGGCAUCUCACCCCCUACCACCGACUGUUAGGCACAUCCAUAUUGUCGGUGCAUUUUCUUUAUUGCAUUUUAUUCUUAUAAACAUGUUGAUCUUACUUUGCAGUUGUUGGCUUUAUAUUCAGUUAUUUCCAUCAUAUGAUCAAGCAGCUUAACCAUAGCAAAUGUCUCAUUUUGGAAGUGUGUUCUGUGCCUGGGCUAUGUGACGGCAUGAAUCUGGUUGGCUGGUUUCCUAGAAGUGACAGUCCCCUUCCCUGCGUGGCUCACCCUGCCUUCCUUGUAGACCUCUGUGGCUUUCAGAAGGAUACAGAGUUAACAUGUGCAUAAAUCAGUAACUGUGAGUUUUACUUGACUGUGGUACCUACAUUCCUUCCUGUUUGAAAAGGCUGGACCGCGGGCCGCUGUUUACAUCACGGUAGUGAUUUCCAUCAUUCCCAUCGAGUCUGUAAUGUAACCGGUGAUUUCCAGUCUGUAGAUGUUCACCAAGGCACCUGUUCAUCGAUGUACUUCAAUGUCAUUGUAAUUCAGAGAUUUGUGAGUGUAAAAAAAUAUUUAGAAACUAUUUACUUUUGAUGGGCCCUUUCUCCUGACAGUGUGUGCAAACAGUUUCUUGAUAAAGAAAAGCUGCGGUGCCUUGUGUCUGUGUUCCUCUUUUCUCUGAAAGGGUGAGCAGAUCUGAAGCUCUGACUUCCCUGGUGCCGCUAGAAUCUCCUGCUUGAGGAUUUGCUGUCUCAGCAAAAUGCUUCCCCAUGGCGUUCUGGCCUUGGGCCGACUUUGCAACYGUCGAUGCUUCUCUCUCAAAAGCAACAAAAAGCCUGAGAUUCCAGGCAGAUCUCCGUGCCAUGAAAGYGCUGUUGGUAAGAAGCCAGGGCCUCAAGGUUGUGCCCAUUCCUCUCAGUCCACUCCCCAGCUAGCCCAGCGCCGGCAGAGCCUGCACUCUGUGAUGGUCCAGCAACUGGCUGGAAGCCUGCCGGCUCCUGAGAACGGGCACACACUGGGGGGACACGGCCAAACCACUGGGGAAUGGCACCACGAAGCUGAGGCUUGUCCUUUUAAACCUGGAUAUUGAGGCUUCAGACUCUUAAUGCUUCUAUGUAGAAAUAUUAACUGUAUGGUUAAUCACAUUUUAUAAAAAAAGAACAAAGGAACCCAUCUUUUAGGAAUACCUUUUCUGAAGGAAACAAUCCACAUGAAAUGCAAUAAGCUUAUUAUGGUAAACAGUUAAUUUCCGUGGACAAGGUGUAGAGUCAGGAUGGUGAGCUGUCACCGACUGGCAGUUACCGUUUCAGUGUUAGCCCAGCGUCUUGCCCGUGUUGGAGUCAAUGUAUUAUUUCAGUUCAA